AUGAUUUUAUUAGAUUAUCAUAAUGCUGUCAUCGAAGAAACAUUAAAGCAACCCAUUGUGGGUCUUGAGCCCACUACUUUGGAUAUGACAGUUGUCGACUUUGACGGUGUAUCUUAUCAUAUUUCGACACCACAAUCAAAAAAUGUAAUCAAACUUUCAAUGCAAAUGCGGUGUUUCGAAGACCUUGUUCAAUGGGGAGCACAAGAAAUGUUACAAAAAGAAUAUGGUGAUUAUAUUCAACCAGAUACUGAAGGCGGGUACGAUUUUAGUCUAGAGUUCGAUUUACAAAAAUUGCCUGAGGAUAAAGAGGAAAGAGAAGCACUUGUAAAGAAGUUAUCGUUAAUUAAACGUAAUCUUAUGGCUCAACCUUUCGAACGAGCUUUUGAAUUGCAAGCUCAAUAUGAAGCUGAAGAACAAACCAAUCCCACACCUAUUCUAAUGCAAAUUCAUUAUCGAGAUCAAGAAACUAUUUAUAUUCAAGCUCAAUUUGAUAGAGUUACUGUAAUAUUUUCUACAUUAUUUAAGGAAGAGACAGAUAGAAUAUUUGGAAGAGUAUUUUUACAGGAAUUUGUUGAUGCUCGUCGUCGGCCAGCAAUUCAAAAAGCACCUCAAGUUCUUUAUUCUAGUAAAGAUCCCCCGUUAGAAAUCAGACAUUUAUCUGAAUUACAAAAAUCACAAGAUGAAAAUAUUGGUUAUGUCACCUUUGGUAAUAUUUUCUAUACAACCUUAAUGAUUGCAUUACCAAUUCAAAUAUAA